AUGGAGAAGAAAGAAAGCUUCUGGCUAGAAGUUUUAGCCAGUUUAAGUUCGUACGUUCUCAAAGGCCAGGACAUAUUGGAACUUAGUUACAAGCAUUUACCAAUUUAUCUAAAACCAUGGUUCCUUUACUUUAGUGCAUUUGAGGAAGACAGGGAAAUUCCAGUUAAGAAGUUGUUAUCACUAUGGGUUUCUAAAGGUUUUAUACGACAAAACAAGGAUAAGAGAUCAGAGGAUGUUGCAGAGGAAUACCUAAUUGAGUUAAUUGACAGGAACAUGGUCCAAGUUGCCAAAAGAAGACAUGACAAUGGAGUCAAAACUUGUACUGUCCAUGAUCUAAUCCAUGAUAUGUGCUUGAGAAUAGCUAGGGAAGAAAACUUUCUCAAGGUGAUCGAAGAAGGCGGUCGAACAGGCGGCGGCAGGCCAGCUGUUUCCUUAUACUCAAGGCCCUCCAUUUCUAAACUCUCUGUCGUUGGGGCCACUUCACGAAAGAGUGGAUUCUCAAUAAAUGAGCAUCACCUUCGCCUCUGUGAUCACUCUUAUCGGGAUUUCAAUUCAAGACUGUUUGAUAGCCUACAUAUCCGCUCUUUGUUUGGCAUAUCAAUUUUUUCAUUCCAUAUUUCGCGUUUGAGACUUCUUAGGGUCUUGCGGUUACCAUAUAUAAAGCGGGACAUACGAACUACCGAAUCCCUGGUUCAACUGAGGUACUUGGAAACUCCAUAUAAAGUAGGCAGACUCGAGAACCUAGAAUUCCUUAUUAUAACAUCAGGUAAUGUAGGUAUAGUCUUUUCCAAUAUCCCUAAGUUGAGACUUCUAAAAUUCAAGUACCCUAUAACAUUCCAUUCUAGUUGUGAUUUUACCUCAGAAAAUAGCAUAGAAACUCUUUCUGGUGUUUGUAUAUAUUCCUUGAAAGAUGAAGAGAAGUUGAGAUAUUUUCCCCAUCUUCGCCGCCUGAAAUGCUUUUAUUUUCUCCCUAACCACUGUCCUGACCUCAGCUUCUUUACCAAACUUGAAUCUCUCAGCAUGUUGAGUUUUCAAAAACUCAAGUUGAUUAACUUCCCCACUAAUAUCAAAAAGCUUACUCUUUUUUCUUUUGAUAUUCCUUGUGAGAUGAUGUCAUCAAUUGGGAAAUUGCCCAAUCUUGAGACUCUCAAAUUAGAAUCUCUUGACUUUAAGGGAGAAAACUGGAGCACGAAUGAGGAUGAGUUCCUGAAACUCAAAUUUUUGAAACUAAUAUCCUUGAAGUUCGAAAAUUGGAAUACCUCAAAAGAUCAUUUCCCUACACUCGAACGGUUGGUGUUGGAAAAUUGCGACUAUUUCAAGAGGAUACCUUCCGAAUUAGGCUAUAUUCCAACACUGCAGAUGAUUGAGGUAAAUUCUUGUGGCAUAAGUAUCAGAGAAUCUGCUGACGAAAUUAGGAAAGAACAGGAGGAAGAAGGAAAUGAAGAGCUUCAGGUUAUCAUAAAUGGCCGGAAUUAA